AUGAGAUUGCGGGCUUUCCAAAGUUUACUCCUUCUUCCGCUUAUGGUGCGUGGUGAAAGGGAUUUUCUACAAUGGUUUGGCCUCAAAGAGGAUCCAUCUCUUCCACAAAAAAUCUCUGAGCCUCAGAUUUUAAUGGACAAAAAUUUUGGACAGAGACCUCUUCGACUCUUCAACACAACCGAAAAUGAAACGCUUGAAAAUCAGUCCAACAAAGUGAUUCGAUUCGAAGAAGAUGAUCCAUAUUGGUGUUACAUCUGCAUCGACCAACAUGGAUUCAAUGCUUCACCCGUCCUUCUUGCACACAUGGUUCAACGGCGAAUGAGAGUCCCUCUACCUCCAUCAUGCAAUAGAGACAUUUAUGCGUAUCAAGUGAUGUGCAAGGGACCAUGCUUGGUGGCCACUUAUUUUCGAGGAGAAGAUUUCAUUGGAAUGCUGAGAGAUUGUGCUGAAAAGGCUGACUUUCGAUCGUUUGACGAGAGUGAUCUUCGACGAAUCCCCGAUUCACAACCAAGAAAUAUCGAAUUGGGAAAUAAUAUUCAUGUUGAAGCCAUGUUGUGCCGUGGAGACUACUGCAAUGUGGGAAUGAAUCAGACAAGAGGACAUCGAGCCCCACAUGAUCGUAUGAGAGAAGAUGAAUUUGAGAGAGCCGACAAAAGAAAGCGUCGUGGUCGUCAACACCAAAAA